AUGCUCGCUCAUCUUCCUCACCCCACUCUUCAUCCCACCUAUCCUUCACCAACAGGGGGCAUCACUGAAAACGAGUCGCAAACAAGGCUACCUCCUCCGAAUGCAACACGACCAUUAGACUCCCAUCAUCGAAGCAACACUACAAUUGAUUUUGCUUCAAUUAUACCAUCCAGCCGAUCCAGUUCACCUUCAAGGUCUUCGGUAUUGCUUCCCUUUCUCCAGUUUGGCAAGGAUCGUUCGACUUCACCCGAGCCAGUUUCUCCAGAGGAGGCAGCCGAGUUCGAGCAUACAUACACGGGUGAAAAGUCCCCGCGAGGAAAAGGUGACACGAGGUCAGGGAAGCUGGCCAAUUGGUUCGGCGGUAGCUCAGAACCAGUCAACAUAACACUGAUUCCAUCACCUGUAAAAGAAAAGCACGACCCAUUUUUCGACUUUGCUGAGAUGGAACGAGGAUCUGCUAGGAGCUCCCUAUCACCAGAAAACGACAGCAUGACGAAAAGACCUCAGAGUAGGCUUCAGAAAAGCAGCAGCACUCUCUCUGUGGCUAAGAAGAAUCAAGCUGGGAGCAGUAAAUUCACGUUCUGGAAAUCCAAACCUGCUACCAACUCAGAAAAGUCUACUUUGGAGGAGGAUGAGCUUACAAGACUCGAUGUCCAAACUGCGCUUUUUCAGUCGGGCAUGACCGUUGAACCAUCUAUCGAAGGAUUCAAGAGCCUUCAGGCAAAUGCAGAAAGCGUCAUCUGUCGCUUCCAGAGUGCUUACCGGAAGAGUUUGCAAUCAGUUCGGGAGGUCACUUCAGAGAAGAAUGUGCUAAGGGACGAACUGGAGGCUGCGCAAACUCGAAGUGAACAUCUGAAAUUGCAAUUGGCCAACAUGGCGGCAGAGGCGGCGAAACAAAAGUCUGCUAUGCAAUCCAUGACCGAAGAAGUCGUGGCCUUGAAAUGUAAGCUCAGAGAAGAUGCCGAAUUCCGAAGCAGGAGUCUUCGCAUCAUCACGAUGGACCAAUCAGAUGCGAAUGAAUCAGAAAGUCUGCCAGAUGGCUACCAGAAGGAAAAGCGUCAAUCUGGAGGAUCCUUCGUCUCUCACAAGAGCUCGUCAGACAGCGUAUUCUCACAGGCACCGCUGGGGACUUGCACGCCAAUCUCCGCCGCUGAUACCAGUCCGGAGCUGUACCAAGCACCACGAUUUGACUCCCUCCAGGGAGACCAUUUGAAAGAAUGCCAGAUUUGCCAUGGCGUUCAACUAUCAGAGGCAUGGGAUGUGGUGCACUUGCUCAAAGAAGAGAGCAGAGCAUUGAAGGCUCGUAUAGCUCAAUGCGAGAGUGCCAAUGAGGACGCAUUGAGCUUGCUGGACAUUGUAUCUACAGUUCGGUGA